AUGCCAGAGCCCACAGUGGGACCGUUGGAUCCCAAGUGUAGUGAGGAGGGGUUGAUUGUGUGUGACAGGGAGCGGAUAGAAGGACAGCAAGGCGUGAGCCUGGACGAGCUGAUAGCGAAUUGGACAAAGAUUGCCAAGGAUGUGGACAAGGAGGGGGUUGGGACCAUGUUCGCUGCUUUGGAUAAGUUCGCUGCUCUAGCUGAAGAAGCAAGACCGCUGCUAGAAAAGGUGAACGCGCUGAUGACGGACAUAGAGCCCAUGCUGCAGGACGUGCGCGAGGGCGACCUUCUGAAGAACCUCGAGCAGCUCACCAAGGUGGCCUCUGACGCCGCCUCCGACCUCAGGCAGCUGAACAGCUCCAUUCUGACCAAGGAGAACACGGAGCUGCUGCGGCAGUCAGUGUCCACACUCACCAAGACGCUCAAGCACGUCGAGGGCAUUAGUGCUGACAUCAGCAGCCUCACUGCUACACUUGUAGCAUUAUGUCUCACAACCGACGCGCAACAAACACAGUUACCUCCUGUACCCACCCAGGUCAGCUCACAGCAGUCUCACCUGCACCAGCGGCCACUACCGCUGAGCCCGACUAAAAAGCGCGCACUUUCUCAGCUGCGCGUCCGUGCACCCCGAGCCGCCAAAAUCAUUCUGAACCGCCUUAAAAGUCGCCCAUUUCCGGCCACGACUGUCGCCCAACAAUCGCACGAUAUCGCCAGCUCACUCAAAUCCGCUGCCUCCCGAGCUCUUUCCUGGGGCCAAUCAGAUCCCUCCUUUGACUCCUCCGCGCAACCCUCCGCUCAAACCUCCGGGCAAGCCUCCGCGCAACCCGCCUCCGGCCUCUCCAACCUCUCCCGCUUCCUCUCCGCUCUGCGCCCCGCGGACCUCUCCGCCGGCGCAAGCAGCCGCCGCGUGCUGCGCCGUCACCCCAUCGGGUCGGGCCACCGCACGGGCGGGCAUCAUGGCCUGUCAGGCGGGCAUCAUGGCCUGUCCGGAGGGCAUCACGGACUGAAGGGCGGACACCACGGGCCGUACGGCGGGCAUCACGGGCCUACUGGCGGGCACCAUGGGAAGGCGAAGUGGGAAAGGAUGCAGAAGCGCGCCGCGAAAGACGGACUGAAGCUAGGGUCGACUAAAAGCACGGGUGAUUUCAGCGGUUCGCUCUCGGGGGAUUUCGGCUCAGGGUCCGGGUCGGGGUCUGGCUCGGGUUCGAAUUCCGGCUCGGACGUUUCGUCGACUUUCUCGGUAACCCAAUUCGGCGCCGAUGGCGGCGGCUCGAGAGACGACUCGAAGGCGUUCGCUGCGGCAUUCGAGGCGGCCUGCAAGGAGGCGAAAUCGUCUGACAAAAAAACCGGAGUUGUCGUUCCGUCGGGAAAGACGUUCCUGGUAAAGCCGGUGGUAUUCGAGGGCCCGUGCGGUCCGGGCGUGCAGUUCACAAUCGACGGAACCAUCGUGGGGCCUUCCGAUCCUGGGCAAUACAACAAUCCCGGGUCGGGCACGUACGGCAUCCUGAAUUUCCGCAGUAUCCCGGGAUUAGAGAUCGUGGGCGGCGGGCUGGUGGAUGGGAACGCGGAGGAGUGGUGGAAGAAGGGCGGCGACGAGCGGCCGCAGAACAUCGUGAUUGUGGAGUGCCACGGCGUGCUGGUUACCGGCAUCACCUCCAAGGACUCCGCGUUCAAGCAUCUGUUCUUCUACGAGAACAACGGCGUGACUGUACGCGGCGUGACUACAUUGAGUCCCGAGGAGAGCCCGAACACGGACAGUCUGCAUUUGUCGUAUGUGAAGGACGCCCUGAUCGAAAACUGCGAGUUUUCGGGCGGCGACGACAAUGUCGCAAUCAUCAACGGCACGUCGCGCGUGCUAAUUCAGAACAUUGUUGGCAACUCUGGGCACGGAAUCAGCAUUGGAAGCCUGGGGAAAGAUAAAGACAUUAGCUGCGUUUCCGACAUAACAGUUCGCAAAUCCAUCCUUCGCAACACCGCCAACGGGCUUCGCAUAAAGACGUGGCAGGGCGGCAAGGGGUCAGCCAGGGGGAUCCAUUUCGAGGAUAUGAUUCUCGAGAAUGUCGGUAACCCUAUUCGCAUCGACCAGUUUUAUUGCAACAGUGAGUCGUCGCGAUCAUGCGGCACUGCUGAGAGUGCUGUAGCAAUUGCGGACGUCACGUUUAAAAACGUUAAAGGGACGACUUCUAAAGGGGAAGGAAUCAAGCUCGACUGCUCCGACACAGUCCCCUGCAGCAACAUCCUCUUAUCAGACAUCAACAUACAGCCGGUAGAAGGCGGGGAGCCGUUGCAGCCGUUUCUCAAUAGCGCGUAUGUUACUAUAGAGGGGUCUGUUGUGCCGCAAUUGAAGGACGUAAAGAGCCCGAGCUCGGGGCUGCUUUCAGCAGUCAAGGAGAUGGAAGGGUACUGCUAA